AAACUAAGGAUACCAGGCAUGUGUCUCGUCAUACACACGUACGAGACAGAAGACAACAUUAUUUUGUUAGGGCAACUCAUUUUUUGACACAAAACGGUAGUAGUAGCACGUUUUUCUCUUGUGUUAGGCCAAAAAAAAAAAUAAAUUUCCGAGAAAUAAAAAAAAAUAUCGAAAAAACGGUAAAAAACGCACACAAUCAAUAAAUGUACAAAAAAAAUCCGGUUAUCAGUGAUAAAAAAAUUGUUAAAUCAACAAACUGAUAACGACAAGCAACUAGAUAAGAAAUUUUAUUUCAGUGUUUUUGCGUUCCUCGUACCAAAAAGUCAUAAACUGCCAGCGCUAAAGUGUCUUAAUCCAACAAAGCAUGUCAUGAACGGCGAAAAAUAGAAAUUUAGAGUGAGAAAUUUUUACCUGAAGGCAAUAAAAGUGACAAAAAUAAUGCAAAAACAAUAGAAAAAGGAAGAAUUUGUCUCUUUCUGACCUGAGUUUUUGCUUGUGCAAUGCAAAUAACAACAAAAUUCGUACCUGGAAUGAACAGAUAAACUAUUUUUGCGGUGCAAUUGGCAAAAAAAAAUAUUUUUUCGAACAAAAAGUGGAUGAACGUUGCUGGCAAUGAUAAGACUUGUUCAGUGCAAAUGAUAAGAUAUAAAAACAAGUAAAUACAAAACAUAAAAAAAGGAAUAAAAAAGUGUUUCGUACGUGUUUGGAGUAAAUGCAGCCAAAAGAACAACAUAACGGAAACGAGAAAUGGAGAAAUUAUUAUGUGCAGUGCUGGUGAUACAAAUUUUCUACAUCAACGUAUCUAGCUCACAAUCAAACUCACAACAGCCCGACACACCUUACGCACCCAACAAAAACAUAUGUGAUAUUUGCAAGUGUCAAGGAUCCGCGACACGAAAGUCGGAUUACUUCGUUCUGGAUUGCACAAACAGGAAUUUGACGAAACUCUUUAACGAUUGGCCCGAUAUUUUUGGGCACAAUUUGACGGACCAUGAACUCGUGGUGAAAAUGUCGGGCAAUCCAUUGAGAAAACUGAAACAACUGCCCGGAACAGAGGCGAUUACACUCUUUAACUGCCGUAAUUGUAGCCUUUCUGAAAUAGCGAGUGCUGCUUUUCUAGAUGUGCCUUUGCUGUAUCGCGUGGAUUUAGCUUUUAAUGAACUUACAGGUGAUACUUUACGAGCCGACAUAUUCCGCGGUCGUCCCAACAACAACGCUUAUGAACCAAAUGCGAUAAAUGACUUGGAUCUAACGGGCAAUCGCAUCACGGAGCUGAGCGCGAACGUUUUCGAACAUUGUCCUGCCAUCACGCGUCUUUCGUUGAGCGAAAAUAAGCUGAAAAAACUCACGGAGAGCACUGUCAAAGCGCUAAAUUCCCUAAAACAGCUGGAAGUUUUGAAUUUAUCUUACACUGAAAUUUCGGACUUGCCCAGCUCACUUUUUCAUCAAAUGUACAAAAUACGCGAAUUGAUGCUGCAAGGCAACAAAUUCGUCACAGUUCCUUCGAGUGUCUCACUUUUGGGCAAAUCGCUCAAAUUUCUGAAUAUUGCUCAAAAUCCCAUCGCGAAAUUGGAUGCCAGCAGUUUCCCCAAUUUGCAUCAAUUGUCACAUUUGACGGUAGAUGAGAUGCCGGCGUUGACGGAAAUUGAUAAACUUGCGUUGCAACCAUUGGCAUCUUUGGAGGUUUUGUUAUGUCGCGAAAAUCCGCUGUUAAAAACUUUCGAUUUGGAUGCCAUUGAAGAGCAUAAAAAGCUUCGAGUGCUCGAUUUGAGUAAUUGUGGCUUAAAAACUUUAACUCUGACAACAAUUACGGACCCAAAACGGAAUUUGAGCGAUUUUGACAAAUUUGAUCACUUAAAAGUCCUCAAGUUGGAGGGAAAUCCGUUUCAUUGCAACUGUCAAUUGUACAAAAUUUUGUACAUUCUCAAUCACAACGUUCGAGAUGUUUUCUUCAGCGACACCUCCGCACGUUGUCACACCCCAUACGACCUCUUUGGCUUGAUUCUCGCGCGAUUCGAUCACGAAGCUGCCUGCGAAACGACUUACAACGACUACAAAAUGCGCACGAGUUACGAUCCGCCGCCCUUUUUGCGCGCCCGGAACAUCCUCUUGACAAUUUUGUCGGUAACGGUCGUCGUGAUAAUCGGAACUCUUGUUGGAUUUGGCAUCGUAAUUGUCAAACGGAGACUUUCAAAGGACGAAUUGGGACUCAGCUCACAAGUGCGAUACACGACAGUUCGAGGAAGUUUCAACGAUGUCAACAGCAAUCGGCUCUCAAUUCACUGAAAACCUAAAAAGAAACAAGAAAAAAAUUGUUACCUACCAAAAAAACUAGUCUAGAAAUAAGGCUUGAUUUUAUUUUGAAAUGAACAAGAAUAGAAAGUAAGGAAAAGCAAUUAAUUAUAUUAAAAAUUAAAUAUAUAUAUAUAGAAAUUGUUAAAAAAAAUUAAGAGAUUGCCAUAUAUUAGAAUAUAUAUUUAGUUUUCUAGAUGUUACUUUAGAGAAGACUAUUGAAUUGAUACGACACGACAUUUCUAAGCUUGUAAUACAACAACAAAAAAUAUGAAUAAUAAAAAAAAAAUCAC